AUGUGGUUACUAGACAUAAUGAGGGGACAUGACUCAAGAUUCCUUAACAUGUUUAGAAUGGAUAAGCAUACAUUUAUUAACCUUUGCCAAGAUCUUGAGAAUUAUUAUGGUUUAGUUGCUUCGCCAAGAAUGUCAAUUUUGGAAAAACUUGGUAUAUUUGUAUGUAUUAUUUAUCUGGAAGCUUCAAAUCGACAAGUUCAAGAACGUUUUCAACGAUCGGGUGAUACAAUUAGCAGAGUUUUUCGUGAAGAUCCUACAUUUUCUACAGUUCCUCCAGAAAUACUUGAUGAUGAAAGAUAUAUGCCUCACUUACAGGACUGUAUUGGAGCAAUUAAUGGAACCCACGUAUCAUCAUGUGUAGAAGAAUACGAAAUUAUUCGAUUUAUUGGUAGAAAAGGAAUGCCUACAGAGAACAUUAUGGCUGUUUGUAGUUUUGACAUGCAAUUUACUUUUGUAUUGCCCGGAUGGGAAGGUACAACACAUGAUGGAAGGAUUUUUCAAUGCGCCAUCCAUAAAAAAGAAUUAAAUUUUCCUAAACCACCACCAGGAUUUCUUGCACCUUAUAAAGGAACUAGAUAUCAUCUACCUGAAUUUCAACGAGGUGGUCGACUUAAGAGAUUAAAAGAAACUUUCAAUAGAUGGCACUCAUCUCUUAGAUGUUGCAUUGAGAGAACUUUUAGAGUCUGGAAAGCGAGAUGGAAGAUUUUAUGA